AUGUUCUCCGUUGCAUCCUUGUUGACAAUUAUCCUCCUGGCUUUGUCAACCACGGGAUCGCCCGUUGAAGUCAGCAAUUCCCCCAUCACCCUGCCGAUUGCCAGGAGGUUAAGUGCCCUCAAUGGUACCAUUAACCUCUUGGAGCAGGAUAGAGCUCGCGCCGCUGCCCUCAGGCUUAAAGGCCAAAACUUGAAGAAUGGCGGCCAUGGCGUUCCUAUUGCCAAUGUUGCUACUGGAUACUACAUAGCAGUUGGGAUUGGCAGCCCCCCUACAACUUACGACUUGAUUGUCGACACCGGUACCUCGGACACAUGGAUUGGCGCCAAAAAAGCGUACUCGCAGACCAGCACCAGCAUCGACACUGAGGAGCCUAUGCAGGUCAUCUACGGUUCCGGAUCUGCCUACUUCGAUGGAUUUGAGUACAUCGACACCUUCACUUUCGGCAAUGGGCUCACUAUCCCCCAACAGUCGUUUGGUGUUGCUCUUGAGACGUCGGGCACCUUCGGCGGAGCUGACGGUAUCCUUGGCCUAGGGCCUGUAGACUUGACAGCGGGUACCCUGAUAGAUGAACCGACAACGACGAUUCCAACUGUCACUGACAACUUGCAUAGCCAAGGCACCAUUCAUCGUGAGGUUGUUAGUAUCUCUUUCGAGCCCAUCACUGAAGUGAUGGAGGUCAUCAAUGGAGAACUCACCUUUGGUGGAACUGUCCGUAACAAGCACGGUCCCAUUACGUACAAUCCUAUCACUACCACCAGUCCUGCAUCGAUGUAUUGGGGUAUCGACCAGAGCAUUUCCUAUGGCGACACAACGAUCUUGUCCUCCACUGCUGGUAUCGUCGAUGUUGACACCACUUAUAUUCUCAUUGCCAGCGAUGCUUACGUCGAGUACCAGUUUUUAACCGGUAGUACUACGGAUGCGGCGACUGGUCUUCUCCUCAUUUCCUCUGCCCAGUACGCAGCCCUCGAGAACCUGAGCUUCGGUAUUGGCGGCGUGCGCCAUUUCUGUCGGCUCUCACAUCCCUUGCUUACCAUUUGCACAGGAAACGUACACUCUCACCCCUGCCAAAUCUGGCCUCGUAUUCUCAACACGUACAUUGGUGGCAGUAGCAACGCCAUCUAUCUCGUCAUUACCGACAUCGGUACGCCCAGCGGACAAGGGUUUGAUUUUGUUAACGGCUACCCAUUCGCCGAGCGGUUCUACUGCGUGUUUGAUACCUCCCGCUCCCGCAUCGGGUUUGCUCAAACCCCGUAUACUGAUGCCACCACCAACUAA